CCCAGCUGCCGCCGGCAGGCUCGCCCGUGCAGCCGCGAUGCCCCGCGGCCCGACCCCGGCCCGGGUCCCCGGCCCACCGCGUAAUUAGCCUUCGUGUGCCCUGAGCGCGCCGCUGCCAACACCGCGCCCCGAAGCAGCGAUGGGCAACACCGUGCACAGGACCCUGCCAGACUCGAGCCCUCAGGCGCGCCUCCUGGCCACCAGGCCAUGCUGCGGGCCGGGCCCCGAGCGGCGUCCAGUCCUGGGCGAAGCCCCGCGCUUCCACGCGCAGGCCAAAGGCAAGAACGUGCGGCUGGACGGCCACUCGCGCCGGGCCACACGGCGAAACAGCUUCUGCAACGGAGUCACGUUCACGCAGCGGCCCAUCCGGCUGUACGAACAGGUGCGGCUGCGCCUGGUGGCCGUGCGCCCGGGCUGGAGCGGCGCGCUGCGCUUCGGCUUCACGGUGCACGACCCGUCGCUCAUGAGCCCGCAGGACAUCCCCAAGUACGCCUGCCCGGACCUCGUCACGCGGCCCGGCUACUGGGCCAAGGCGCUGCCGGAGAACCUGGCGCUGCGGGACACCGUGCUGGCCUACUGGGUGGACCGCCACGGCCGCGUCUUCUACAGUGUCAACGACGGCGAGCCCGUGCUCUUCCACUGCGGCGUGGCCGUGGGCGGCCCACUCUGGGCGCUCAUCGAUGUUUAUGGCAUCACCGACGAGGUGCAGCUCCUCGAGAGCGCGUUCGCCGACACGCUGCCGCCCGCGCGGCUCAGCCAGUCCCGCUUCAGCGCCUGCCCGCCGCCCAGCAGCCUCGACGCCGCCAACUUCGACAACAACGAGCUGGAGAACAACCAGGUGGUGGCCAAGCUGGGCCACCUGGUGCUGGGCCGCGCCCCGGGCCCGCCGCCCGCCGACGCCGCCAUCCCGUGCGGGCCCCGCGAGCGCCCCCGGCCCGCCUCGUCGCCCGCGCUGCUGGACGUGGACCUGCGCUUCCACGUGACGCGCGGGCCCGACGUGAGCCUGUCGACCGACCGCAGGGUGGCGUGCGCGCCGCGGCCCGACGGGGGCCGCACGCUCGUCUUCUCCGAGCGCCCGCUGCGGCCCGGCGAGAGCCUGUUCGUGGAGGUGGGCCGCCGGGGGCUGCCGGCGCCGGGCGCGCUGGCCUUCGGCAUCACGUCGUGCGACCCGGGCGCGCUCCGGCCCGCCGAGCUGCCCGCCGACCCCGACGCGCUGCUCGACCGCAAGGAGUACUGGGUGGUGGCGCGCGCCGGACCCGUGCCGAGCGGCGGUGACGCGCUCAACUUCACGCUGCGGCCCGGGGGCGACGUGCACCUGGGCGUCAACGGGCGCCCGCGCGGCCGCCUGCUCUGCGUCGACACUACGCAGGCGCUCUGGGCCUUCUUCGUGGUGCGCGGCGGGGCCGCCGGCCAGCUGCGCCUGCUCGGCACCCUGCAGUCCAGCCCUGCGAUCCCAUCUCCAUCGGGGUCCCUCAGUGGCUCCCAGGACGAUAGUGAUUCCGAUAUGGCCUUGAGUGUCAACCAGUCCUCCUCGGCAUCCGAGUCAUCCCUGGUGACAGCCCCCAGCUCCCCGCUGAGCCCCCCGGUGUCCCCCGUGUUCCCCCCACCAGAACCAGCAGGCAGCAAGAAUGGCGAGUGCACGGUGUGCUUCGACGGCGAAGUGGACACAGUCAUCUACACGUGUGGACAUAUGUGCCUGUGCCACAGUUGUGGCCUGCGGCUCAAGAGGCAGGCCCGGGCCUGCUGCCCCAUCUGCCGGCGGCCCAUCAAAGAUGUCAUUAAGAUCUACAGGCCGUAGCCUGGCCCACCGACGGGCCUUGGCCAGAGCAAGGUCACCUUUCUGACGCCCCUCUGCACUGGGCAACCACCCUGGCCACCAGGGAGUCCAAGGGCAGCGGCCAUCUUGUCUAUCACUCUCCAGUGGUGGGUGAGGCGUGACAGUCGUGGAGACGAGGCCCUGGGGGUCUGAGCCCAGGCGAGGGUUGCUUCUGGCUCAUAAGUGCUUUGCCCCCAAAAGGCCGUCCCAAUAUGAAGCUCAGGAACUGCCUGGCAGACUGCCUGUCGCUCCCGUGACCUCUCGGCUGGGAAACAGCAUCCUCUGUGCAAUGCUUUUUGCUGGGGGUGGGUUGAGGUGUGUGCGUGUGCGUGUGCGUGUGCGUGUGUGUGGAGGGGAAAGGGAGAGAGGGAGACCGAGAAGGAGAAGGCAUGUGUGAGAGAAUGAGAGAACGCAUAGGUAUUUAUCCAGGGAUCCUGGCUCUAGGAGGUUAUUUAACACUAAGGAAUGUGCAAUCCGGAGCCUAGACAUUAGCAAGACUAAAAAUUGUCCACUUUCUGGGGCUGUGACGUCAGCUGGGUUUGGAGGUAUAAAGCCUGCACCUGAACAGAACUCCCUCGGAUGGUAUAGAAAGGGGACACUCAGAUCUCCGAAGAGGAGGAAAAAAUAGCUCAUUGUUUACAGCUCCAGAGCUGCAACUCCUUGGGGGUUAGGUGGGCGGAGAACAUAAAAGAACAGUUUGCUUCUUUGGUUUCUAACUCCGUCCUGGAGAGGCGUUUUGAUGGGUGCUGCAGCCAUCUGAGAGCGCUGGGCACUGUCGCCCCAGAAGCCUUUUCACCCCUUCACCCCCAGACAGCCUAAUAAUAAGCACACUGCACUUGACCCUGUCCCUAGAUGCUUUUUGGUCUGUGCCACCCCACCAUGUACAAGAAGACAACAGGUUCUCUUUUCCUGGGGGCGGGAAGGAAGCCUAGAGGCCGGGACUCGCCUGGACUUGGAAAAGCCACUGCAGGGCACGGAGUUGUCCACGAUUCCUGUUGUCACCCCUCGCCUGUGGACAUCACCAGGGCAGGACCAGGGCUUUGUUCAGACUCUCAGCUCAUCUUCCCCUGCUGAUUACUAGGGUGUUCAUUGAUCCUUAGGAUGUUAACUAACAAUUGAGAUGCUAAGCGAAUAUGCUGACAUUGGGACUGUCCCCCGUUCCAUCCCUCCUCUCUGCGUGCCCUCAGUUCUGGGCUCCUUGUCUGCCCUGCCUUGUGCUGUGUCUUUCGGCAAGUCCCUGGGCCUCUCUGUUUCUCAGUCCCCAGUCUGACCAAGAGGAAGCUGCCCACUCCAGAGCUCUUAGGAGGACGAGCACAAUGUUCCCAAAGGCCUGAGACACCUUGCAAAAAGCAGGUAUUACUUUUCUUACAAUUCCCAACCUGUCCAUCUGCUGAGGGAGGCGGGGGAAGGACAUUCAGACUUCAGGCGUUUGCAUGACACGUUUGCUAGGUGUCGGGGGCUCAGAGCCCAGCUGGGCCACGUCCUUGUCAUAUCAAGUCCCUUGAGACCAGUCAGUGGUGCCAUUGUGAUGCCCCAGGUCUUAGACCACCUGCUUCUCUGUCUGGAAGUGGUCCAGUUUUCUGAUCUCAACUGCAGAAACCCUACCCUUGCCCCUUUCAAGAAUCCCUGAUUGGUCCUUUUUCCCUGGUGAGCUUAGCAAACACGCCCACAUUUUAAUUUUGCAGCAGAAUCUUUGGGGGAGCUACUGGAACCCCAGCGU